AUGGUUUCAACGCGUCAGCAAAAGCGAGACUUCCCUUCUCCCCCGCGCCGCUCCCCUUCCCCUCCUCGCGACACCACCACCACAACCACCACAAACAAAUGGGUCCACACCCCCUCAACCGCCAUAACCCUCUGGCUCAUCUUCUCAAUCCCGCUCGUCCUCUGGGACUCCGGGUACGUGCUCCUGCGCCCGCACAGCAUGCCCGGCAACAGUCUGCACUCCCCGUUAUGGACACCCUACGCGCUGUACGGUACCAUCGACUAUAUCUACGGCUGGCCAGCGUUUAAUGCCCGAAAUGGUUUUACGGCUGCGCAGACCGUGUUGAAUUUGUUUGAGUCGGCGGGUUAUUGUUAUUAUCUGUGGGUUGUUUAUCGGUACGGGGUUUCGGUGUCGGCGGGAAGUGCGGGUGGGAGGGGACGGGGGAAGAGGGCGGAGAAGGCGGAAAAGAAGGUUUUGGGGUUUUUGAAGGAGGAGAGGGUUGUUGCGGGGAGGGUUGGGGCUACUGCGCUGCUGAUUGCGUAUAGUGCUUCUGUUAUGACGUUGGGGAAGACGGUUUUGUAUUGGCUGAACGAGGUUUUCUCUGGCUUUGAGAAUAUUGGUCACAAUGACAUUUUUACGUUGAUCUUCUUGUGGAUUAUUCCCAACGGUCUGUGGAUUAUCUUCCCAAGCUACAAUAUCUACGUGAUGGGAUCGGAGAUUACGGCUUCUUUGGAAAACUCGUCUGUCAAGGGUAAACGGUCAAAGUCUUCAUAG